AUGAAAGGAGACUUGACAUGGUAUUUGCUUUUGCCCAAGUAUUCCAUAGACUCUUUUGAGAUGCUCGCAGAUUCUUUCAUCAAGGCCUAUGCUGGGGCCAAAAAGGUACAUGCCCGAAAGACUGAUAUAUUCAGGAUUGCACAAGGAGAGUCCGAGCUGGUCCGAGAGUUUGUAACCAGAUUCCAGAAGGAAAGGAUAUUGUUACUGGUCGUACCGGAUGAAUGGGCGUCUAAAGUGUUCACCAAAGGACUGAAUCCGAGAAGCUCCAUCGCUUCCCAAAAAUUGAAAGAAAGUUUUCUCGAGUUCCAGGCAACAACUUGGGAAGAUGUUCACAAUCGGAGUCAGUUUUUGCCCUAUGAACGGGCUAAAGGACGUGGAAGAGGCUUCCGAUCGGCGAAUAGAUUCUCUAUCGAUAGGAGAGUUGAUCGUUGCCGAACUAACAGGUCGUUACGGGACAAGAAACCAUCAGCUUCUCGAGAUAUAUCCUACCCCAGGCUUUCCAAAUACAACUUUAACGUUAGUGUAGUGGAGCUGGUAUCGGCUAUGAGGAACAUUAAAAAAGCAAGGUUCCCGAAGACAAUGAGGUCAAAUCCCAUCCAAAAGGAUCCUAACUUGUGGUGUGAAUACCAUGAGACAAACGGUCACCGGACUGGGGACUGCCGAAAUCUGCGUGACGAGGUGGAGCCAUCGUUGAAAAAUGGCCAUAUCAGGGAAUUCAUAAGUGACUGGGCUAAAAACAACUACGAUCGCAAUCGCGACAAUGUGGAGCCUAUAAAAACAGGAGAAGAUGCCCUGCGCCAGAUGAUCAACAUGAUUUUCGGAGGGAAUGAGAUUGACGGGGUUAUAUUUUUUGCGGCAUAA